ACAAAAAUCAAGGCUCAAAGGUGCCAUGAAAUACCACAAAAGUUGUCGCUUUUUGCUCUUGUUUCAAUAUUGAUUGUUAAAGUUAUUAGUGAACAAUGACUACAUUUUAGUCUGUUCCUCAGGCAAAGCUAUUGUUUGACCUCAUAUGACAGGAAUAUAUCUUGUGUGCUCCGAUAAAUAAAUAAAUUCAUACAGGUUUGCAAUAACAUGGGGAUUACAGUUUCUGCCCUAAAUAAAUUGUUUUCUGUGAAACAAAAGAUGCUAUUUGUAACAUCAUGCUGGAGAACAUGAACAUCAGUUUUUACACAAAAUGAAAUAAUUUAUCCUUACGAUCACUGUAUUUUUCUGUGUUUCAGGAGGUUUCCUCUGAAGACCCAUCCUUAAGUCUUAGAUGAGUAAACACCUGUGUCAUUACAUUAUAAUUCAAAUAAAAACCGAUUGCUCACUUUUCUUCUAAGACUGCCUUUCAUCUUCCCACAGCCCUUUCCAUGUUUCUAAGUAAAUGUUGUUGUUGCAGAGAGAUUGUGGGGCAGGCACUGACAUGCUCGUGUUCCCAAUCGUAAUCUACUUUUUUCAAGGUACAAUGAGAACCAUUACCAUUCCUGAAUGAAACUCUAGUAGGUUUACAUCAUCAACACCAAGAUUUUCCUGAGGAAUAAUAACUGACAACUUUGACAUGAAUGGAUGAUGUAGGAUAAACGAACGGUAGACAUCGCACAGUCAUCAUUUCUGCUUAAACACCAAUUGUUAUCAAUGACUUCCUCAUUCCCUCCUAAUUCCACCCUCAGCCCAUCAUCCACCUCAGAGCUCCACUGCCCUCUUCUGCAAACAAUGAGCUCUCACACCUUAAACAAAGACACUGGUGUGAACUUGGCAGUGGUGAGCAUCCACGGUGUGGUAUCCACUCUGGGGAUUCUGGAAAACGGACUGGUGCUGUGGGUGCUUGGUUUCCGUCUUCGUCGCAAGACGGUUGCUGCAGUAUGGGUCCUCAAUCUGGCAUUGUCGGACUUCCUAACCACACUAACCUUGCCGCUUUUCACUCAUUACCUAUUGAUGAACCACAGCUGGGAGUUGGGCAGCGCUUUGUGUGCAGCCCAGGCCUCCAUUUUUUUCCUCAACAUGUUUGUCUCUGCCUUCCUACUGGCUGUGAUAUCAUUGGACCGUUGUUUGUUGGUGACUAAGCCGGUUUGGACUCAGAACAAUCGUACAGUGUCGGCAGCAUGGAAGAUCUGUGGUCUAGGAUGGGCUUGGGCGGCGGUUAACGCACUUCCGUAUUUCAUGUUCCGUUCUGUUGUGGAAAAGAAGGAUGGCCGCAAACUCUGCUAUCACAAUUUUGCACUCUAUUCCUCCUCAAACACACUGCACAGAGACUGUAAGGUGCGUCAGGCAGCGACAGCAGUGUCCAAAGUCUUGCUGGCAUUUGUCGUACCUCUGAUUGUCAUCGCCAUCAGUUACACUUCCAUUUUUCUUGAACUGCAAGCUCGCAGAAAGAGGCUUGAGAGUCGACGACAGGGUGCGGGAAAUGGCAAACUGAGAUCCUUGAAAUUCUUCCGCAGUCUAUCUUCAUCAGGCAGACAAAACAGCGUUCGACUCUCUGAGAGUUUCAUGAAGAUGGUCGCCUCAGUGAUUGCAACCUUUAUUCUCUGCUGGGUGCCCUACCACGUCUUCUGCUUGCUGGAGGUGACGGCUCAGUACAAGACAGAGAUUGUGGAGCUUGUGGAGGUGUACCUACCUGUCUUGACAACCUUCUCCUUCUUAAACUCUGUAUUGAACCCAAUUAUCUACACUUUUAGCUGUCCAAACUUCUGCACUCGCAUCCGCCAAAGUUUGGGGGCUCUUUUCGAUGGGCUGGUGGAGGAAGCUGGACCCAUAAUAUGGGUUACAGAAAGGAUGAGGAAGAAAGAUUCAUUAUUCCUCUCUUCACCCAGCUCUCCCACCCCCACCAGAGCCACUCACAUUCAGAAUGGCAUGCAGGACUCCAUCAACCUCACUGGCCUAAAAAACUGCCCCACAAAUGAGGGAGAGAGGGAUGACAAAAUGUGACUUUAUCAUGUGGAACAUCAUAUCCUGGAAUUGAUGACUAAUGUUUCUGAGUGAACUACAGUCUACAAACCAGAUGUCACAAUCAUGGGAUGGCCUUAUAAGCUUUUAUCUUUUCUGCAUCUCUUUGCUUCACUGGCUUUAGUCAUGCUGGAUUACCCCUGAGGUUUUCCCUGCCACUGGUAAACACAAAUUAACUCAAAACCAAAGCCCCUCAAACACACAUGACCCAUAUUCCUGUUUCUGUUCUCUUGCAUUGUUUAGAUUACUGACUACAUACAUAUAUAACUCAGCAACAGGGUCUUUAUUGAAAAGGUUUUUUUUUCAUGCUUGUUCAAUGAACCAUAGUAAUUUUUGCUCAUGCAACUGUGGAGUAGUCCUUAACAGUUUACAGUCGGUAGUCAAUUACUGACACAGUUACUUAGGAUAAUAAAGAGACCUUUCUACUGACUCUCAAAAUCCAGAAACAAGAUGCCCAUGGUCCCUGAUGAUCACCUGUGUGAACAUGCCAUUGUCCUUGCAGGGUCAAAGUAUCAAAAUGUAACCAGGUUUCCCCCCAGAACUUGCAAGUUCCUGGGUGAAAGAGUGGGGUAACAUCUCACGCUGAAGUGCUUAAAGCAGCUGGUGACCACACAAGAUAUUUACUGCUACUUUUGUUCUGGUACUAAUUUUUCCAUUUCUGUUCAUCAAAUGCCUGCAAAGUAUGUUGGGUUUGUGCUUUAUCUUAAUACAAAUAUUUGCACACUUAGAAAUUAGAUGGAAAGCAUUUAAAUGCAAUAUGUUUGCUGAGUUAAUACUAAUAUUAAUGCUAAUUUUAACCCAGGCCACACAUAUGCAGAUAACAUUAAAUUGUUAUUACAAAUUACAUUAUCAGUAUAACAACUUAAGUAUAU